UCUUUCUUUUGUUCGCGUCUAUCCUUCCUUGCCGCUGUGGAUUCGCUUCGCAAGCUUCGCCAGUGCUGCGACGCAGGAAUUCUUGGGCGUUGGAGCGCGGAUCGCUGGGAAUUGUGGGUAAGGGCGCAAAUCUUCCGGGUGGGUCAGUCAUGGAGGAUCAAGCUGGAGCUCACGGGGUUUCCUAAAUGUCCCGCGAGGUGAAGCCCCGAGCUCCUGGAGUGCCGCCGUCCCGGCUAAGCGUAGGACAGGGGACAGAUGGUUGAUCCAGCCACAAGAUCAAGAGAGUGGUGUCUAGGAUCUUAGCUCUCGAGGAUAGAAAUCGCGGGUCUCCUUUGAUGAAUAAGGUGGAAGGCGUGCUUGUCAACGGUACUACUACUACUACUACCCCCACCAUAGCUAGUAGUGUGUCGUGUGCUCUUAGGGGAGAGGCCAGCGGCGAGAAUGGCAAAGGAGCACAGGGUAGCAACGAGAAUGGAGCUCCUCCCACGAACAAUAGCUCCGACGACAACGAUAGCGGGAACGAUCUAAAGAAUGCGGAGCCAAAUUCGAAGAUCCAUGCCGGGAACCAAAAGGAGGAGCAAGAGCUCCAGCCAGAGGGGGAGGAGAAGCAUCGCCAUCGCCAGCAGCAGCAAGCUGAGAAUGCUUUCCAGCAUCACCACCUUAAAGUUCUUCUCGUGGAGGACGACGACUCCACCCGGCACGUCGUGGCGGCGCUCCUCCGCAACUGUGGCUACGAAGUCACGCCUGCCGCUAGUGGCUUGCAAGCCUGGGAGAUCCUCGAGACGAGAUCCAGCAGCGUCGACUUGGUGCUCACGGACUUGAUGAUGCCGCGGCUGUCCGGGAUCGAGCUCCUCGGCAAGAUCAUGAGCCGUGACUCGCCCAAGAGGAUACCAGUUGUUAUGAUGUCUUGCCUGGACUCGAUGGACGUUGUGCUCAAGUGCUUGUCCAAAGGCGCGGUCGACUUCCUCGUGAAGCCGGUUCGCAAGAACGAGCUCAAGAACCUGUGGCAGCACUUUUGGAGGAUGUGCUUGAGCUCGAGUGGCAGUGGCAGUGGAAGUGAAACUGGAAAGGCUGCCGGGGGGAACAACAACAGUCAGAGCUACGGUGGAAGUGAGCAUGGAAGUGGCUUGAACGUCGGAGGUGGGAGUGACAAUGGUAGCGGCACCCAGAGCUCGUGGACGAAGAAGCCAGUGGAAGUUCAAAGCCAUGCCACCGAGGAGCUGGUUCUCCAGCGUGACAAACGUGAGGAGAUCGACAUCGAUCGUGAUUGCGGAGAGGUGGCUAUGGCGGAAAAAAGCAGGACUGCUUCUCAGCUGCUCGGCGGUCAUCUUCUCGGAGCAAAGUCCACCAUUUCGAGUUCCAUCACCAUUUUCGAGAGGGCUCCAUCGCUCGCGGCGGGAGGGAAGAGUGGAGGAGGAGGGGAGCCUUCGUGCAAGGAUUUACUGGCGAGCAUACAGAAGCAAGCGGCGUUUGAGCAGCCGGGUGAGAAACUAGACUCCAAGGAUAACUCGGUGCCUUCCAACGAUUCAGCGCUCGAGUUGUCGCUGAAAAGGACGCGCGUUAAGGGGCCGGACGACGGCGAUGGCGAGCAAAAGCGGCUCUUGCAUCAUUCCGGUGGAUCUGCCUUUUCAAGGUAUAGCAACAAUCCUUUGCUCCAGCACAACUCGACUUUGAGCUCUUCCAUCGCCGCCAACCUCUGGUUUGGAAACGAGAAAUCCACACCAGCGGCAGCAGCAGACCAGAAUCACCACCAUGCAAACGCCGCGGCCGCCGCCGCUGAAGUCCUCAAGCCUCCAAAAGCCGAGGCAGCGGCGGUGGCGGCCGCUGCCGCCGCUGCCGCAGCCGCCGCCUCCCAGUUCAAGCUCGCAGCCUCGGACUUCGUGGCAUUUAACGACAUCGCGGCAGCUUACGCUCAGUCUCUCCAUCACUUUUUCUACCACGGCUCUUCUCCACCGGCGUGGCCGCCUCCGAUGCUAGCAGCUCCUCACCAGCAGCAGCAGCAGCAACAACAACAACAGCAGCUCCAGCAUCAUAUCCAACUCCAGCAGCAGCAGCAGCAGCACCAUCAAGAACAGCAGCAAGAUCAAAGCCAAAAACAGCAGCAGCAGCAGCAACAACAACAACAACAACACCACCAUCACCACCACCACCACCACCAUCACCACCAGCAUGCACAGCAGCCGCAGGAGGAGGACGAGCUAACCGUGAACAACAACACCAACACCAGCAACAACAACACUACCAACAAUGCUAACUUGAUGAGAGUUGGAAGCACUCAGCAGUGUGGAUCGUCCAACGUGAGCGUCAAAGCUCCCAAGGCCGGUGUUGGCGGUGGGGCUACUAACAACAGUGGUGGCAACGAGGAGGCGAGCAAUGGUGGCAGUAGCAAUGGCUGCGGCGUGAAUGGCACCAAUGGUAGCGUGAAUGGUAGCGUCUCGGGUAGCAACAAUCUUAGUGCCAACAACAAUAACAUCCACAAAGGCCAGGGGAGCUGCAGUCUAGCGGCUGGUAAUGGUGACAGUGGUGGUACCAACAAUGGGAGCAGUAGGGGUGGAAACGCUACCGCUGCUACUGGCGUGACCAAUGGUAGCAACACUAGUAACACCAUCAAUGAAGCUGGUGGAGCAACACAAGUUCCAGACAGUGCUCGGCUCACGCGGCGAGAGGUUGCUCUCUACAAGUUCCGGCAGAAGAGGAAAGAGCGGUGUUUCGAGAAGAAGGUCCGAUACCAAAGUAGAAAGAGGCUGGCCGAGCAGCGUCCGCGAGUGAGAGGCCAGUUCGUGAAACAAGCUGCUGCUGCUAACGCGGAAACUCAAAUGUGUGACGACGAUGGAGAGCUGGACGGAAUUAACCACGCAGCCGAAGAUCACACUGCUAUAGAUCAAGACCAAGAUCAAGGUUUUCUAUGUGCUAUGUUCCUCCCACGCUGUCUAGCGGCGCGCGGAGAUCCAUCGCGCGUUCCGGCGCUCGGGAGGAGGGAUCUCGUCUCGGCGGCGCAGGAGGAGCAUCAUGAAGAAGAGGUCGAUGGCGAGCCCGUCAAGGAGCGGUGCGUGGAGCAGCGAAAUGCCGGCGAUGGCGAGCCGCGAUGCGCCGUGUGUGAGCGAUUUGGGGAGUACAUUUGCGACGAGACCGGGGACGAUGUGUGUAGCCUGGAAUGCAAGAAGGUGGUGGUCAGGUACAAAGAACUCACUUCGAAUUCUCAUAAGGCUAGGAACGAGCAGUGGGAGAUCGACCAGGAAUCCAUCACAGGCGGUCUUUCGAUCCAGGAUGCUCUAGCUCUGAGAGAAAGCAUCGGUGUCUCGGUCCGCGGAGAAGGAGGAGCUCCGCCACGUCCUCCCAUCCUUGACUUUGGACAGUGUGGCUUCGCUCCCAGGCUCAUGGAGAACUUGUCAAGCGCUGGCUACGAGGCUCCCACUCCAAUCCAGAUGCAAGUUCUCCCAGCAGCUCUCGCAGGCCGCGACUUGCUCGUCUCGUCCCACACCGGAUCCGGGAAAACGCUGAGCUUUCUACUGCCGAUCAUCGCCAGGUGCUGUAAGAUCCGGAGAGGAGGUCCGGACGAGGACGACGAGACGUCUCGUCCUCCGCUCGCCAUGGUCUUGACGCCGACAAGGGAGCUAAGCUCGCAGGUGGAGGACCACGCUAAGAUUCUCGCCAAGGGCCUGCCUUUCAAAACCGCGCUGGUGGUCGGGGGAGAUGUGAUGCCGCAGCAAGUGUAUAGGAUCAGGAAGGGAGUGGAGCUCAUUGUGGGGACUCCAGGCAGGCUUUUGGACGUGCUUUCCAGGCACGAGGACGUCAACUUGGCCAAAGUUUCCGUGCUCGUGCUCGACGAAGUGGACUGCAUGUUGGAACGGGGCUUCCGUGAGCAAGUCAUGCAGAUCGUCCGGGCUCUCCCGACCCCGCAGAUGAUGCUUUUCUCGGCUACUGUUCCUCCCGAGAUCGAGAAGUUUGCGACGUCGAUCGCGAAGAGUUUGAUGGUCAUCUCCGCGGGUCCGCCGGGUGCUCCCACUGGUGCCGUGCAGCAGACGGUUGUCUGGGUGGAAACGAAGAACAAGAAGAAGAAGUUGUUUGACAUUCUUCAGAGUUCUUCGCGCUUCCAGCCGCCAGGUGUGGUGUUUGUGAACUCUAGACUUGGAGCGGAGCUUUUGGGCGACGCCAUCUCCAAGGUGACGAAGUUGCGGUGCGCUUCGCUGCACGGGCACAAGGCAAUGAAGGAGAGGCGUGAGGUGCUGAAAAGCUUCCUGGUUGGGAGCUUGGACGUGAUCGUUGCUACAGGAGUUUUGGGGCGGGGGUUGGAUCUUCUCAGAGCCACGCAGGUGAUCAUCUUCGACAUGCCAAACACUGUCCAGGAGUACACUCAUCAGCUCGGGAGAGCGUCGAGAUUGGAUGAGCCGGGUACUGCGAUUGCUUUCAUCAACAACGAAAGCAAAGCCCUUUUUCAACAGCUUGCUCAACUCUCCCGGAGUGCUGGAGUUGCUUUACCGAAACCAGUGACUUCUUACGUCCGGGACACGAACCCAAGAAAGAGAAAAGCAAGAUGAAUCAGAAUAUUCACUGGGGCAUUCGUUCGUGCGGCAUCUAGCUACUGCAACAAAACAGCCUUUUUUUUCUUUGUUCCUCCGAUCCAUCGAGAUCCUGGACGCGUCGGAGGGACGGCACCGUGAGGCAGCUGAGACAUCCUAGAAGACCCUGGCUGUAAGGUAGCAACGUCUUCCUUCUCAAUUCUUGUGGCUUGUGAUUCUUGCUGUAAUUCUGGAGCAGCUCCCGCGAGGACACAGGAGUGACUUGCCUGGACGCGCCGCUCGAUGAAACGGACGAGCUCCUCGAGUUGGAGAACCUCUGAGACGACGAGGAGUUGCUGGAGCUUCUACUGUCAGUUCCAGAGGACUUGAGACUGCCACUUCUACUGUCGGUUCCAGAUGAAGACUUGCUGCCACUCCGGCUGUCGGAAGGCUUGAGGAUGGCGAACUUGGUGCUCACGCUGAGGUGGAGCAACUCUCGCAAGCUUCUCCGUGGAGACGAUGGUGGAGGAUGACGAGACCGGCUCCUAAAACUAUUCUCGUCAGGGAAGCCAACCUUCGCAAGCUUGGACGGCGACCUGGAUCGAUGCGGAGAUUGCAAAGGCGAGGAUAGCCGGGGUGGUGACUUGAGCAGCGGUUUUGGAGAUGGAAGCUGGUGGCUGGACAGCGCUGCUCCGGGGCUAAAGACAUCACUCGUCCGUGGACUAAAAUCCUGGAGCUGAAGAGAGAUGGACUUGUGGUGCUGUAAGCGGCUGGGAAGCGUGAGUGGAAGGAUCUGUCCUUGGAAGAAGAGCUCAUCGGCGUGGGAGACUACCGAGUCGGCGUCAGAUAUCCUGGCGGAGCUAAACUCAAACUCGUCGAUCAAUCCUCCAUUCACCUGGUGGUCGAAUUCUCCUCGCUGGGGGCUCACCGGAGCACUGAAGUGGAAUCCCAUUCCCAUGGCUGCCAGAUGAUCCACCGAGUUCUUCAUCGUCGUCCUGGAAGAAGAAGUUGGCGAUGAUGACUUUGGAGUUCCUGGACGCUCCUCCCAGGAGAAAGGCACCGCCGCCUCCGCUCCGCCUAGAUCAUGCCUGAGAGGAGGAGGACUCGGUGGCGCGCUGUAGUAGUAGCGGGGACUGGAGGGGGCGCUCACGAAUGGGGUGGAGCAAGCGCUGCUAGCUUGAUCCUCCGGGAAGAAGCUACUCGAGAACGAUGAUCUCCGCCUGGGCGAUCUCAGUUUCUCGAUCGAGAGCUCCAUGCGCUCCUGCUAUAGCGGAGAAGUUCCAGAAGAAGAGAGAGAGAGUGAGAGCCUUCUAUCUCUGGGGAAGAAGAGAAGAGAGAUUAUAAAGCAAGGAGAUUGACCCGUGGACUACGGCGGCGCCGCUGGGUCCGGUCGGGCGCUAUAGUGGGGCCUGGCUGCGCCGCUACUAGCUUCCUUUAGAGCGCGCGGCGCCCGAAACGACCGCGCGGUCUGGUGGGAGGUUGGUGUACCGUGCGGGGAACGGUGCGUUGUACCGCGUUAGGUGGAUAUGCCGCCACACACACAGCACUCUUUGUUUGACGAGUUGACGAACGAGCAAGGCAUGGUAGCACGUAGCGAAUUGGCUUAA